AUGUUUGAUGAAACAACAGAUGUAUCUUGUAUUGAACAACUUAGCUUGACUUUGAGAUAUGUCAUUAAUAAUGAAGUAUAUGAAGAUUUUGUGUGUUUUGUAGAUGCUUAUAGAUCCAUAAGGUCAACAGAUAUAUCAGGUUUUGGAGAAAUCAAACUUACUGGACAGGCUCUUGGUCACAUUGUUUUAGAUAUUUUAACUAAAGAUUUGGCACUUGAUUUAAAAUGUUGUGUUGGAGUGGCCACGGAUGGUUGUGCUGUAAUGAUGUCUGAAGAUUAUGGAGCAGUUACUACAGUAAAAAAAGAGUGUUCUAUUGCAGUUUACUGUCCUUGCUUUAACCAUGCAUUGAAUAAUUCAUUGGCACAGACCUCUAAAAUUGUACCUAUAAGAAAUACAAUAGGAACUCUAAAAGAAAUAAUUGCAUUUUUUAAUGCAUCGGCAAAAAGGCAUUUGGUAUUAGAGAAUAUUUCUGCAAAACAACUGACUGGACUGUGUCAAACAAGAUGGAUAGAGAUACAGGAUGGUGUUCUACAGUUUAAAUCUGCUCUUCCAAAGGUUAUUGAAGCGCUUACAGUAAUUUCCAAGUGGGCUGAUCGAAACUCAUCUUCAAAAGCAUCUAUAUUAUUAGCAGCUUUAAGCGACAGUGAUUUUAUAAUUUCUCUUUUAUCAACUACUGAUAUUUUAAAAUUAAUGCUACCUGUAUCUAGACUUCUAAAAUCAACAUCUUUAGAUUUAGUUAGUGCUUCUUCUGCAAUAGAAGGAAUAAAGGAAAUAUUUCAAGAAAAACGAACAAUGUGUGCUAGUGAAUUUCACACAAUUUUCUUGAACGCUAGUAGUUUAGCAGAAGAAAUUGGAUGUGAUAUCAAAAUGCCAAGAAUAGCAAAAACUCAAAUACAUCGUGAUAAUUACCCUGCAACGGAUGCUGAAUAA